AUGAGGAGAGUGCUCGCGGUGCUGGUGCUGGCCCUGGCCUUGGAGUGGGCUCGGGGGGAGUGGGUGCAGGUGCCCGUCAUCGACGGCAGGAAGCAGGCGACGACGACGACGACGACGCCGGGGCCGAAGGGGGCUCUACGGCCAGCCUCGGUGCUGCACCCCGCGGGCCCGGCCGGCCCAGACGGCGCGGACCUCGUGGGCGCGCCGGGGCCGAGCGCCGACGACGUCAUCACCAUCCGCAGGACGGUGGGCGACUCCUUCUCCAACAAGCAGGGCGUCGUGCCGGGCCCCCGGCCUGCCGCGGUAGAGGCGGUACUCGCGGGGGCGGCGGAGGGGCCGGAGCCCGUCGACGGUCAUGGCGCCGAGGCAGAGGGCGAGGCCGACGGCCAGGCCGACGGGCUGUCGCUGCGAGUGCUCCGCGAGGCGCACCAAACGCUGCUCCGCCAGAGCACAGUCCCCGUUAGCGGCAAGCUGGAGUUCCUGCGCCACCUCAAGAACAGGAUGCUGAGGCACAUUGCCUCCCUCAUUCCCGCGUCGGCGCUCGGCCUGGUCGGCGCGGCGGCCACGGGGAGGUCCACGGGGAGGGCUCUCGGAGCGGAAAUGGCGGAGGGCCGCGGCCACAAGGGCGUGGGCUUCCCCUCCAACGAGAGCACGCUCAUGUCGCUCGCCUUCCUCGUCUUCGCCGUCUUCCUCGUCAAGGUGGUCAUGCAACUCAUCUACGCCGUGCAGAACAGCCAGGCCGCCAACACCAUGGGCGUGCGUGUGGCCCAGAUGCAGCUCCCGGGCGGCGGCGUGUCCAACAUGAUGGGCACCAUGAUGAGCAUGGUGCCGGCCAUGAUGCCUCCCAUGAUGGCCGCCAUGAACCCCGCCAUGGGCAUGGGCGGCAUGAGGCGCGCGCGCAGGGACGCCAAGCAGACCAAGCAGGCCGACAAGGACCUGGACGAGGACGUGGACCGCAUGACCAGCCGCGUUCUGGACGCCAUCCAGAAGGCCAGGGCGCGGGUGGAACAGUUGGGAGAGGGAGUGGUAAUGGACUGAAACGGCCUCCACACAGUGCAAGGAACUCAAGUGAAGAGA